AUGUCUAGCUGCUACCGCGACAGCAUCACAGGCGAUACCUAUUGCGACAAUGACACCUGGAAUGACUGGGCGCGCUGGGUAGUACUCGCUGCCAUCAUCAUCGUUGCCUUCCUGCUCUUCUUCUCGUUUAGCUGCGUAUCUGCACGACGACGAAGACGAUUCGGUGCACAGCCGUACCGUGGCACAGGGUGGGCACUCGGACGAACGCCUGCGGGCCACAAUGCGCCGACCUACAAUUCUCAACCGUACUAUGCGCAGCACGCGAACCAGUACCAGCAACCACAGCCAUACUACAAUAACAGCCACAACCCGCCUCCGUACACUCCACCGCCAAACAAUGGCUAUUAUGGGCAGAACGAUGUGGAGCUGCAGCAACCACAGCAGGCGUAUGGAGGAUAUCGCAGCGGGGAGGCACCUGCGUAUGAGCCACCGAAAGGAGCACCACCAGGUAGAGUCUGA